CUAGCCACCGCGGCGCCCCGAUCAUGGCGAGGCGACGUUUCGUGCAAUCCCCCUUCUUCAGAGCACGCAAAGCAAUAUCAUCGCGAGUCGCGUUGACGUCGUCUCGUCGCUAGGGGAACCAAACUUGGCCGAGAAAACAAAUGGUUGAGGAGGCCGUCGACAAUCUGCUACAGGGGACGUCGGGGGAUGGUUCCUGUUGACCGCUGCCGCGUGAUCCCAGGCCUUUAAACUCACGAUUCCGCUGCGGCCUCGGCCGUCGUUCGCUCGGCUAACAAUGCCAGGCCUCCUACGACGACGGUGAGAAGCGGCCAGCUGCUUUGACAACACGAGUCGAAGUUGCUCGCGACAACUUAACACGGCGGCCACAUCGGAGCCUACGGUCUUGCCUGGAAGCCGCGCCGGGCCGCCGUUGAUGGAGGCGGCGGCGGCUCAGCGGCGGUGGUGGUGGUGGUGGUCGCUGUGGCAGUCGUGGCCACUGCCGCCUUUGUCUCUCCUCUCGAGCCUGCUGCUCGCUCUCUUCUGCGCCCUCGCCGACCCGCUGUGCGAGAGGCUACAACAGGCGGGCGGUGGCGGUGGCGAGGUUGCGAUGCUGAUGAAAGCUGCGUUGGACUCGGCGGUGCAUGGAGCCGUGGCCAUGUGGAGCUGGGCUCUCGUGUGCGGCGGAGGAGGCUUCGCGGUGUCGCUACGGGGAGGAGGAGGAGGUGGUGGAGGAGGUGAUGGAGGAGGUGGAGGUGGUGAUGGUGGUGGUGGAGGUACAGCCGCUGCUCAGGUGCUGCUCGCGGGCUUCCUGGCCUGCUGCCUUGACCUGGAUCACUUCGUCAUGGCCAGGUCGCUGCGGAUUUCGGACCUGCACAGGCUGCGCGGCCGCCCUCCCCUGCACAACACCACGCUGGUGCUCGCCCUGGCCCUCUCGCUGGAGGUGGUGCUGGUUCGCCCGCUGGGCCUGCUGGGCGGGCCCUGGGAGCGGCUGCCGGCGCUGGCGGCGCUCGCGUGGCUGUCUCACCACGUGCGCGACGGCGCCCGCCGCGGCCUCUGGCUCUGGCCGCUGGGCUCGACGCCGCCGCUGCCGCGCUGGGCCUACCUGGCGCUGACGGCCGCGCUGCCGCACGCGACCGCGCUGGCGCUGGCCGCGUGCGGGAGGGCCGGGGGGCCGGCGCAGCGGAGACAGCCGAACGGAGCCGGUUCAUUCGUCUGAAGGAUACUUGAAUGGGACGUUGACCAAUCAAUUUUGUGCAAUCGUGGAUGGUUUUUGCCGCCCACACCAAAAACAUUCCUCCGAUGUCCGCUGUCUCGCCAUGCGAUCCCCGGACUUUACUUACGAGCCGUGUUAACUCGUUAAGCGAGCAGCAGUUUGGGUCCAUAAUAUAGUUGUUGUUUUUUUUGGGUUAAAUCGCGUAAAUAUAAAUGUGUCGUUAAACCCGCCGCCACCCGACACGGCCAAUUAGCAAGGUUUGUCACGUAAACAGAACGUGGACAAUUCGUUACUAGUACAG